GACUCAUUUUGCUGAGCGAUGUGUUGGUCCAAAAGCAACCAUCUUGGCUCCAGCCAACGUUGGGAGUUUCGGGCUUCUCUCUAAUCAUCGAAGUGCGGGGCACGUGUGAUGUCCGUUGUAAACUUGUGAGACGGUUUAAGCUAAUGUCGAGCUGCCGGUACACCAAGCCAAAUGAUAAGUGACACGAGCCCGGUAGAUACCAUCCGGAACAUAAACAAACAAACAAACAUCAGGAAGGCUUAGACAUUCGAUUGCUCUCCAAGUCAAAAUGUGGUGUCGUCAUGUCCAUGUCGAGAACACCAACAUGAACAUGAAACAAGAUGGUGGUCAUAGCUCCCCAAGGCAUGUGGCUUCCGCCCGCCAAGCUUUUCUGAUAGAAGGGCCCCUGUUCAGACGACCGACGUCAACACGGACCCAGACCCGUUCACUGCUUUUUGUCACAACAAACCUCAGCAAGCACAACACUUGAUCGAUUCUACCACAUCUACCAUGUCAGUAACGCUCCACACGACUCUUGGGGACCUCAAAAUUGAGGUGUUUUGCGAGGCCGUCCCCAAGACUGCAGAGAACUUCCUCGCCCUCUGCGCCUCUAACUAUUACAUCAACUCUCCCCUCCACCGAAUAAUUCCGUCCUUCAUGUUCCAGACCGGCGCGCCCGCUGUUCCAUCACCUCCAGAUAACCCGAAGGGCGGCCGAUCGAUAUACGGGAUAACCUUCGAAGACGAGAUCCGACCAACACUUAAACACCACGAAAGAGGAGUCGUGAGUAUGGCGAAUAAAGGGCCUAACACCAACGGCAGUCAGUUCUUCAUAUGUUUCGCCCCCGCGCCACAUUUGGACGGGUUGAACACGGUGUUUGGGAAGCUGAUUGGAGACGUGAGUCUGGCUACCUUGGCCAAGAUUGAACAGCUGGAGGUGGACAAGAAGGGCAGACCGGUCAAGAAGGACGGAGAAGAGACACCGAGGAUUGAGAGAGUAACGUUACAUGCGAACCCACUGGCCAAGUGAGAAACAGGAUAAGAGGUUGGAGCAAACUACAAUGCACGACCGGCAUCAUGUAUCUGCCUAGGCAUUCUGCCAUCUACCCCCUUCAUUUGGCACUAAACUGGGCGCCGGCUGGAGUUGAGUACUAUCUCACGCACCAGCUAGCAACCCAAACGGAAAGAGCGCAAAAGUUGAGAGGCGACGAGAAUAAGAUGAUACCCAAAAACCAAGAAGCAAGACUGGUCAACCAGAAGGCCAGGCAACAUAGAGACGCCACAUAGAAGCUAGGGGACAUUUGACAUCUUGGCUCACGGUUGCAUAUUCCAAAGACAAUAAAAAAGAAGAAAACUUAUUCUACCA